GCUGACACCGUCAGUCGUAGUUCUCGGCUUUAGUGCUUCGGAGGCUCACGAACGUAGGACCGUCUCAAUAUGUGUGACGACGAUAUUGCUGCUCUGGUUGUGGACAACGGAUCGGGCUUGUGCAAGGCCGGAUUUGCAGGAGAUGACGCUCCCCGCGCUGUUUUCCCAUCAAUCGUCGGCCGCCCCAGGCAUCAGGGUGUGAUGGUCGGUAUGGGUCAGAAAGACUCGUACGUCGGCGAUGAGGCACAGUCGAAGAGGGGCAUCCUCACCCUGAAGUACCCCAUUGAGCACGGAAUCGUCACUAACUGGGAUGAUAUGGAGAAAAUCUGGCACCACACCUUCUACAAUGAGUUGCGUAUUGCCCCUGAGGAGCAUCCGGUGCUGCUCACUGAGCCUCCGCUUAAUCCUAAGGCUAAUCGUGAGAAGAUGACCCAGAUAAUGUUUGAAACCUUUAACACCCCUGCCAUGUACGUUGCCAUCCAAGCCGUGCUUUCCCUGUACGCCUCGGGUCGUACCACCGGUAUUGUGCUCGACUCCGGUGAUGGUGUCUCCCACACCGUGCCUAUUUAUGAAGGUUACGCUCUUCCACACGCCAUCCUCCGUCUUGAUCUUGCCGGUCGCGAUCUAACUGACUACCUUAUGAAGAUCCUUACCGAGCGUGGUUACUCGUUUGUGACCACGGCUGAGCGUGAAAUUGUACGUGAUAUUAAGGAGAAGCUGUGCUAUGUCGCACUUGAUUUUGAGCAAGAAAUGGCCACCGCAGCCUCGUCUUCUUCCCUUGAGAAGUCGUACGAGCUGCCUGAUGGUCAGGUGAUUACCAUCGGUAACGAACGUUUCCGUUGCCCCGAAGCUCUUUUCCAGCCCUCAUUCAUCGGUAUGGAGUCAUGCGGUAUUCACGAAACGACAUUCAAUUCGAUCAUGAAGUGCGACAUUGAUAUCCGUAAGGACCUGUAUGCCAACACUGUGCUCUCCGGUGGAACCACUAUGUACCCUGGUAUUGCUGACCGUAUGCAGAAGGAAAUCACCUCGCUGGCCCCCUCAACCAUGAAGAUCAAGAUCAUUGCUCCUCCCGAGAGGAAGUACUCCGUUUGGAUUGGCGGUUCCAUCCUUGCUUCUCUGUCCACCUUCCAGCAGAUGUGGAUUUCGAAGGAGGAGUACGACGAGUCCGGCCCUGCCAUCGUCCACAGAAAGUGCUUCUAAAUGUUAAAAUAACAACCGACGUCGACAAGGAUUGAGCGUUUUCACGAUAAAAACUACCUACACAUGUCUACUAUCUCCUGACAAAGUCGUCACUCGCAUUCCAAGCGUUGCCUAUCGUAUCUUAUUAUAUAUACGCAUAUAUAUAUAUAUAUAUAUAUAGCCUUAGCUAUUCAUCACAGAUACGUCCACAUAAGUCUUAGAACACGGCAUAAUGGUUAUCAUGUAAUUUACUGAUUAACUACAAAUAAUGUUGUAAAUCAGUGAUGAACAAAUAAUAAAUACAGCCACCUUGCAGCGUUAAAUAUCA